CGAUUCCUUAUUAUCCAUUCCAGUUUAUUGUUUCAUAUUUCACAAUUCAAUUCUCCACAGGGGGAAAAAAACUUAAUAACUUCAAAAUAUAUUGGAUUCAUUUUUGAAAUGUUACAGUGUAAUAUUAGCACCUUUGUCAAUUGAUGACCAAAAGUGAAGAUUUGAUUUUUAUCAAUAAUCUCAUUCCUCUACCACAGCGGUUUCUUGAAAGAAAUGAUUUUCACCCAUUCCGAAAUAGAUAGAGAAAAAACAUGGCCUCAAGUUCUGGCAAUAAUUGUAUCAUCAAUUUUGGCAAUUCCAUUCGGAAUGCUCUUCUCCUGGACUUCUCCUUUCAUGGUUAAAAUCACCAAAGAUAAAAUCAACUAUAACAUAACGGAAGGUGAGGCAUCUGUAUUUACCUUCAUACCUCCCAUUUUGAUGAUCUCCAUGAGCCCUGUAUUUUCCAUAUUAUGCGAUAUUAUCGGGAGAAAACGGACUCUGAUUCUGAUUGCUCUGCCACAAAUCAUAGCCUGGUUGCUGACUAUAGCUUCUAACAAUGUUUGGGUUCUAUAUUUAUCUAGAGUAUUUUCUGGUAUUGGAGAUGGGGGAAUUUUGUCGGCUCUUCCAAUGUACGUAGGAGAAAUAGCUGUUCCCAAAAUCAGGGGUACUUGGGGUAACAUAAUCAACGUGUUCAUUUAUUUUGGAAUAUUUUUGAUAAAUGUUAUUGGAGCUUACUGUGAUGUAAAACAAACUGCCUAUAUAAGUAUUGGACUACCAAUUUUCUACAUCGCCAUUAUGUGUUUCAUGCCAGAAUCACCUUAUUACUUUGUGAAGAAAAAUGAUGAGGAGAAUGCGAAAAAAUCUCUGAGAUGGUUGAGGGGUAAAACAGAUGUGGAUGAGAUUUACAAAAAGCUCAAGUCUGACAUUGAAAGACAGAUGUCAGAAGCAGGUACUUGGAAAGAUCUUGUAGCGGUGAAAAGCAAUCAAAGAGCUCUUGCAGCUGGUAUCUUCCUCAGAGUGUCACAACAACUUGGAGGUUCAGCAGCGUUUAAUGUCUACACUAAAUUCAUAUUCGAAAAGUCUGGCACAAACAUUUCCUCGAGUGUAGCCAGCAUGAUCUAUACCGGAUUGUGUUUUUCACUUUUAUUCGUGACAGGGUUCAUUAUAGAACAGUUUGGAAGAAAAAAAUCCUACAUGGGUGCAUUAUCAACGUGUGGAAUAGUUCUGUUGUCACAAGCAAUAUAUCAGUUCAUAGAUCAGCACGUGCCCAGCAUCGACGUUUCCUCAAUAAAAUGGUUUCCGGUAGCAGGAAUGAUCCUCUACGUCUUCUUCUGCUCCUUUGGUAUACUGAAUAUACCUACUUUGAUGUCUGGAGAACUGUUUUCAACUUCCAUCAAAGCGAAGGGCAUGAGUGUUUUAACUAUCACAUUUGGAGUGAUGAUUUUCGUGGCCAACAACAUAUUUUAUUUACUCAACACUCACGUAGGAUUGUAUUGCCCCUUCUUAUUUUUUGGUAUCUGUAAUAUCAUUUCUACUUUUUUGUGCAUUUAUAUAAUUCCAGAAACCAAAGGAAGGACCUUGGAAGAGAUUCAGCAAGAGCUGAGAUCUGGCAAACCUUCAAAAAGAUCAAAUAAAAAUUCAGCGUGAUGUGUAAUGCAUGAUCAAUGAACAUGCAUGAUCAAUGAAUAUGCAUGAUAUAUCUCCAAAGGAUACUUCAUAGAUAUCCAAUAAAUAAUGUAGUAUAUCAAUCAGAACGACAAUUAUAUCCAUGAGUUUUCUCGCUACAAUACAGUUGUUUUAAAUACUAUAGAAUCGAUGAGACAACUGAAAUAUUUCUUCUCGUUUGUUAGUGACAGAAUCAUUUUUUCUACAGUGAAAUAAAUAUUUUUAUUUCUAAUGAACAUAGAUGUAUGAGUAAGGAAUGCUAUGUAGGAAAUUCAUGAAAUAAUAUUGACGUAGUUUCAU